AUGGAAAUUGACCAAGAUGUGGAAGAAUUGAUAAUCAUGGGAUAUUCGGAUCUGAUCAUCCGAAAAGCUCAGGGAGAAUGGGAAACUCGGGAUAUCAAGCUCAUUCCAUAUAGGCAACAUGUGGAAGAUCUUAGCAAGCAGUUCAAGUCAGUCGAGUUUAGGUACAUUCCUCCUUUUCACAAUGAGUUAGCUGAUGCACUCGCUACCUUGUCCUCGAUGUUGCCAUAUCCAGGAAAUUUCCAUAUUGACCUGUUGGAAAUCCAAAUCCGAGAAAGGAAUGGUUACUACAAUACGGUUGAGGCAGAACUGAAUGUUCAGCCAUGGUAUCAUGAUAUCAAGAGAUUUCUGAAAACGAAAGAACAUCCCGAGCAAGCCAAUGGAGACCAAAAGAGAACUAUUAGAAGGCUUGCCAGUGGUUUCUUCUAG